GUCACGCACCCAGAGCCAACGACGCCGCAGGUGACGCCCAAGACUGGUGUGAAGAGUCCGCCUACGGUAUCGCCCACGGCGCCCAUCUACCAGCAGCAGAUGGGGGCCAACGAGCAGACGCGCCAGAAGUCGUACUUCGAUGACGACAUUGAGGAGCUCUUGCCCAAGCAGGACCAGGAUCAGCCGAACGAGUGCGCUGUGGCGUCGGUCUUACCUCCUACAAAUUCUCCUCGUACUUGCAAUCUCCCCUCGCCCCUGCUCCAUUCGGUCUUGGACAACCUGUGCGCGUCCGAGGAGCUGCGGCUUCUCAUGCGGGCCAAGGGCAUCCCAGACUCGGCCAACGCGGACCUCCUGAACGAUAUCGACGACGACGGCCGCCUGGUCAACCCGAGCAGGUGGGGCGUCAACUUGAAGGACAAGAUCGACGCCGAGAAGGAGGCUGCUGGUUGUGGCGCGAGGAAGGACCCUUCCCAGCGCAACAAGGGCACUCCUGACGAGGAAGUAUCUUUCUGGCAAUCGAUUGCUGCUGGUGGAUACUCGGUGCCAACAGACACCAAGGUGUCGGCGGUGGCGGGGAGGUGGGAGCGCGCCUACAAGGCAUCGCCUGACAUGCAGCGCAAGUACGACGCCAUCACGGGCGAGAACAAGCGGUCGAAGCGCCACAU